GUUCGACGAGGUUGGUGGGGCUCCGCAGGGAGAGUGGCACUUUCAGGCGGGCCCCUUGACAGAGCACCAGAUGAUGGCCGUCGCGCGUGCGGCGAUCCCGGUGGCGGUGGAAACUUUGGACCGCAUGCUCCGCGUGGGCCCUGGCCAGCCUCCAUGCAUCGGAGCCUGCUUGCGGGCCUUGGGCGCGCGGCUGGUGCAGCGGUGCGGCGGUGUUGAGCAGGGGCGCGAGCCAUCUGCGCCGCCUGGCCCCGCGACUCGGUGCGACCCAUCUCUGCGCCUCCGCGGCGGCGGUGAGAAAACGCCAGAUGGCCCG